AUGCUGCGUUUGAAUCCGGGGAAAACCAAGGCAAUGAUUCUCGGUUCUGCCAGGUACGUAAACUCACUCGACCUGAGUACAAUUCCACCUAUCAGAGUGAGCGAUUCUGUCGUUGAAUUUGUUACCUCGGCUAGGAAUUUAAGGAUUUACAUCGCGCCAACUCUCAGCUGGCGCGAAACGGUUACUGCAACGUGCAAUAAGAUUUACCGCACACUCUAUCAGCUGAGAACUAAUAGUGGUUGCCUCCCGCUUUGCUUGAGGAAGGCACUGAUCAACUCGCUGAUCUAUCCUCAGCUUGAUUACUGUUCGGUGGUCAUGUCCGAUAUAACUGGGGUGGAGAAUACGAGACUCCAGCGAGCUUUAAACGCCUGUGUGCGUUUCGUUUUUGGCGCGAGGAGGGAUGAGCAUAUCACUCCAUAUUUCAGAAGAGCCGGGUGGUUGAAGGUGCAUGAGCGGCGCGAUUACUUUAUAGGUGGCUUGAUGUACGAGGCUCUGCGGUAUCGGGUCCCACUUCAUCUGUCUGAGAGGCCUCGCUAUGUGACUGAUGCUAGAGGCAACGUGGCGACGCGAGUCUGUGGGCUGGACCUUGUCGUUCCUAGUUGUCGUACUGCGACUUAUCAGAGCUCUUUCAUUGUCUACGGUACGCGUCUCUGGAACUCCCUUCCCGCGUCCCUGCGUGGCUCAGCCUCGGUGCCGGUUUUUAAGCGUGCGUUGUAUGAUCAUCUUUUGGAGCUCUCCGUCCAUUAA